UGUUGCUGUUGCGUUGUUUCUCUGUCGAACUUGAUGCACGUGGUUUGCUGUUUUCUAGCGGACUGCUACGUUCUCUCACUGGCGCAGCGGCUAGUAUCGCGCGUAACCUGGACUAUCUAUCCUUGGAUGCUCAACACCGGGAGCGACAAGAAUACGCACGCCGUAAACAAUUACCCCGCGACUUCACUGAGGGUGUUCAGCAGGGACUCAGUGGCCUUGGUUUGUGUUUGUUGAGCGCCGUUGCCGGAGUUGCGGACCACCCACUGCAGGUUUUUUUUCAAGCACUGGAUGGCCCGGAGCAAGGAAACAAGCCAACCAACGAAUGUUCUAAUAUUUUGCAGCCCGGAAUCGUUUGGACCGCUUUAGGUGGACUGGGACGCGGUCUGAUUGGGGCCGUGGUCAAACCUGUCGCCGGGAUGGCAGAGUUCAUCGCUCGAACUGGCACUGGGUUGUUACGCAGCGGUGAUUUUGCAUACACCGCUGUAGCAUUGGAACAGCUUAACGA